AUGAACGGUUUUACACAUUCUUUGCAUGAGGAUAUUGCGUUGUCGUUGUCGACUUUACUCAAUAUCUGCCCACCGCCGUUCAUAUUCAUCUAUGAUCCUGAAGCACCUAAAAUAACCUCUUCUGCCGUACGCUCUGUCCUAUCGACUCUUUCCGACACUGCAUCUACAUCGAAGCAUCCUGUAAAGCUGACGUAUGCGUUUGUGAACGCAGUGUCCUGCUUUACGCCCCGUCUGUUUUACGAUACCGUCCUGAACGCCGUUGCAUGCUGGCAGCCCAGCUGGGAAGACGGUUCGGCCAACUGGUCCGGCGCUGACCGUGAAGGUCAACGGUGGAACGAGAAUUUAGAUACUUUUCUCCACGGCCUCAUGGCCGUCCACUCGCAGUUGGAGUCGGAGGCUGGCGGGCCAUCGCCACAAUCAACGCGAAAAGGCAAAGGUAAGGCGAAGGAAGCACCCUUAGGCAUUCAACAGAAGUGCAGGCUAGUCCUCUUUGUCGAGCGGGCAGAACGACUCAAGGAAAACCUUCCAGACCUCCUGGUGCCACUUACGCGCUUGGCUGAGCUGGCUCGGGUUGAUGUCGUCACUAUCCUUCUGUCCCAUGUCAGAUGGGAAGAUCUACGACCUCCGCUUGGUGCUUCACCCGAGCCCUACUACAUGGAUGUACCAGCGCUAUCCAAACAGGCUACUUUGGACAUCCUCGCCUCGUCAUUUCCUUCCUCGCCGACUCCACCAGAUUCCAGUCUAGUAGAUGCAGACACCUAUAAUCUCUCGCUUCGCCCGCUCUAUAUCCACUUUAUAGCAACUCUCUAUAGUAUUUGCUCGCCGUUCACGGACGACCCUCACGAGCUUGCAUACAUCGCCGCGGCGUUCUGGCCCGGAUUCGUCAAGCCUGUACUCGAUGAACACCGGCGCAAGGUACAAGAGUUCCGUUUGCAUCGUGCCACACGCAUGAAUGGAAAUCAUCGCGGCGAGGACGAUGAAGACGUUGAAAUUCCAGACAGCGAGGACGAACGCAUGGACGAUGCGCCACUAGAAGAACCCGAGCUCGGUCCGCCGACGGAGGACACGCGCAUUCGACUUAUACGCCUCUUCACUCCCUCCUUCACCACAGCUCUAGAAGCUCUCUACCCACGCCUAACGAGCGCCGCAGCCUGGGUGCGCAUGCACGCGGCUCCUGCGAACAUUCUCGCUCUUCCACCAGGGCAAGCAUCCUCUGCCAUGCCCGUCCUCAGCAUUGCGAGCGAGGAUACUGGUGAAGGACUGGGCGACCUACCUCGGCUUGCCAAGUUCGUGCUCGUUGCUGCGUUCCUGGCUAGUACGAACCCUCCGAAGAGUGACAUACGGAUGUUUGGCCGGGGCCCCGACGAGCGGACAAAGCGGCGGCGGCGGAAAGGUGGCAGUCCAAGGAAGGUAAAGCCUGGGACAACUGGCGGGAGUGUGAAGAUCCCACAGAGGCUGUUGGGCCCGACUACAUUCCCGUUGGAUAGGUUGCUGGCAAUCCUUGGUGUACUGCUAGAGGAACACGACGUGGAGAUGCGCCCACCUGCACCGCAGUACAGUCUACCAGGAGAGUACACUGAUAUGGAGAUCUCCCGAGUUGCGCUCUAUGCCGAGAUCAUGGAGUUGGCGUCGAUGCGCCUGCUUCUGCGCACGUCUCCUCCAGAUAAGCUUGAUAUGGCUCCCACUUUCAAGUGUGGGAUCUCGUACGAGGUCGCACUACGGCUUUCACGAGACGUAGGGGUCAUGCUAAACGAUCUCAUGUGGGAUCCCGUGUAA